UUGAAUAAAACUCGCACUUCUACCUCCACUUCUUACUUACCCUUUUCCUCUCCCUCCCUUCCUCGCAUACCCUUUCGCAUCAUGCUUGCGAAUGUACUGUAGCUAGCCCGAAGGGGGCGCCCACUAGCUAGCCCCAUCGGAAUAUGGACCGCGCUCCCCCUCUGUGCUACGACUCGCCUGGCUGCACGAAUUGAUUCUCCUCGAUCCGUUCCAGUGUUCGAGAGACGCAGCGACUCAGAUUCUUCUGCACUUGGGUUGAUCUCUUCUUAGCAGUGCGUUGUCCUUUUCGAUGGAGCACACUGAGGUUUACUCUCGAAAGAACAGGGCGGGUGAGGAGGGGGGAGCUUGUGGAGCUGAGUCUGUGUGGACGGCAGUGAGGUUGUGAGAUGUCGAUUGCUAUGUGAGUGAGUGAGUGAGUGAGUGCGGGAGAGAGCGAGAGCGAGAGCGAGAGAAGUGGUGGGUGUGGUUGGUUUGUGAUGUCAGCUUGUUGCGUGGAGCUGAUGAAUAAGUUCCAAGCUGGAGUUUGUUGCGUCCAGCUACUGACGAUUGCAGGGCGAGGUGCGAGCUCGCUACGAGGAGAUUAGUAGGGUCGGAGUUUUAGUUUUGCAGUGCAGGAGUUGGGUGAUUGAGAAGAGAAUCAAGGGAACACCUUUUUUGUGGGUUCGACUUUGAUUUAGAUCAGAUUUUUAGUGACAUUGGUUGCCCCGCGUGAUUCGAAGGCCUUAUCGUACACUUUGAUUCGCCUGAAAAGCCGAUCAGUUGCGGAGUUUUUUUUUUUUUUUUUUUUUUUUUUUUUUUGAGGAGCUGAUUCUGCAUGAGGCAUAGACCUCAAACAUUUUAUGCUCUAGUGUGAGCCUUCUUGUUGUCAAACCAGGGUUUCGCGUGUUGUAGAGUUGCGGAUCGAGCUCUACAUAUCACUCAACGUAGAAACUCUCUCCAUUUCCAGUAUUGUCUGAUCUGUGCGCGAUCGAAGCCAACCGACUUUAACGAUGGAUUCCUUCACAGAUGAUCUCAGCAGCCCCCUUCCCAAGCAGAUGAUAUCUGAGACGAUAGAGAACUCAGUUGUACAGAGGUCGUCGAUUAUUAACGUUGAUUAUUUCACUGCCAAUACGCCAAGUGUGAAGGCGCGCAGCAUUGAGCUGAGACCUUGGGGUCGCAUAAUUUCGAAGCGAAUCCCAGCGGCAACCAUCGUUAGACAAGAACCCAAAAUCGUCUCAACUGAGGAUCCAUGGAGCCAGCUUAGCGACGACAUUCUGGAGUAUAUCCUCGCGAGACUGCCACUAUUCCCACUUAAGGCCGCUAGGAAGGUUUGCAAGCGGUGGGAAGCCAUUAUCAGCACCUCAGAGUUCGACAUUCUCCACAAGCAGCUUGGGGAGCAACAGCCAUGGCUUGUCUGCUAUAGAACUAAUCAUCUCGUCCGCAGCAAGUCUCAAGCUUAUGCCUAUGAUGAGGAAUCUCAUAAAUGGAUUACCCUUCCUCCUCUGCAAUUUCCUUCCCACAAUUAUGGUACUCUGGCAGGUGCUAAUGGACUUGUGUAUGCCAUUGCUGGCCCUAGCGAGAACAAGCUCAAGUACAAGCUGGCAUGCUCUACUUCCUCUCCCUCCUCGUUCCUGGAGACGUGGUACGAGACUCCGAGUAUGGGAUUCUCGCGGCAUGCGCCUGUGGUCAGUGUGGCCCUUGAGACUGGACCCACAGGGACCGCCCACAAGGUGGUGGUGGCUGGUGGUGUGCCGGAAUAUGAGCCUGAGCACAUGGCGGUGGAGGUCUUCGAUUCUGAAACUGGUGCUUGGGAAGCUUACGAUGACUUACCAGAUGAUUUCUCAGGGAGCAGCUCCAGGCUGUGGAUGUCGGGCGUUGUGUGUGACAACAAGCUCUACAUGUCAUUGAUCCACUCGUGGUCUGUUCAUGUCCUGGAUUUUAGUAGCAGGACUUGGAGCUUUGUGCAGUGGGAGCGUCCUCAUGGAUUGAUAAGCCACCAUAUCAUGGCGAUUGGGAGGACACUCGUGGUGGCCGGGUUAUGUGAAGAUGUCGAGCAGCCAGGAGAGAUUGUUGUCAAGGUCUGGAAACUUAACCACGACAAGCGUAGUUUGCUUCAGAUUGGGUCUCUGUCCGGGCAAGUGUUUGCUACUUUGGGGAGGAAUCUAGAAGUGCCAACCCUGAAUUUUCUGAUGAAUGAGAAUUUGCUAUACGUCUCCAAGGCGUAUAUAAAAGAUGGGGCCCUGGUUGUCGGCGAGAUUUCCCUUGAGGAGUGCAAGACUGAGUGGCGCGUGUUGCCUAGUGUGUCCAGCUUAGGGUAUAGAUUUGAUAGCAUGGUCACUUUCUGCACUUCUAUUAGUAUUAGUCCUCACAUUUCUGCAACUUCUGCAACCUGACUUGAGCUGCUGGCCUUUGAGGGUAACUUUAAUGCCAGCAUUCCUCUUUCAAUUGUGAAUAUGAAGACACUGUAUUAUAUGUAUGAGGAGCUGUGUCUUGGUA